UGCAAGAAUGUCAGCCAAAUCAUCAGCUUGCAUUUUUCGUUAAUUUUAUGUUGUUUUACAUUAUACUUACAGUGAUUUUUGUUUAAAAAAGUGAUUGAACAGUUAAAUUAUCAAAAUGGAUCGUUUUAUAAGCAUGUGGAAAGUGCGGGAGCUGGCGGACAAAGUUACAAAUGUAGUAAUGAACUACACAGAAGUCGAAGGCAAGGUUCGCGAAGCGACAUCCGACGAAGCCUGGGGCCCGACCGGGCAGCAAAUGCAGGAGUUGGCCCUGGCGACCUUCACAUAUGAACACUUUCCCGAGGUCAUGUCCAUGUUGUGGAGGAGGAUGUUGCAUGAUAACCGGUCACAUUGGCGAAGGACUUAUAAGUGCCUACUCCUGCUAAGCUACCUGGUGCGAAACGGCUCCGAGCGAGUGGUCACAUCGGCGCGGGAACACAUAUACGAUCUGCGCUCACUCGAGAACUACACUUAUGUGGACGACGUGGGCAAAGACCAGGGCAUCAAUGUCCGCCAUAAGGUGCGUGAAUUGAUCGACUUCAUCCAAGACGACGAUAAACUGAGAGAGGAGAGGAAAAAGGCUAAGAAGAACAAGGACAAAUAUAUUGGCAUGUCAUCAGAAGCGGGCGCGAUGGGCAUGCGCGGGUCAGGAGGCUGGGGCGAGUACAGCGACCGCGGCGGCGGCGGCAGCAACUGGGACGAACCCAAAGAACGAAACGACGAAGAUGAUUAUGAUCGAGCAGAUGAUUCGGAUGGAGACUACAGCCAUGGACCGGGCCAUGCCAGUGCGAGGAAACCCAACAAAGAAAACAUAUAUCGAGACGACGGCGCCGGCAGCCCUCCGCCUCGCUCACUCAGCUCCCGCUCGGGCGAGCGCGAGCGGGACCGCGAUACUGACGGCUACGUGAGCGCGGCCGGCCUCACUUCCCCCACAGGACUCAGUUCCUCGGCCAACACGCUCAAUAUCAGCUUGAAGAGCCCCGCCAAGACUAAAAGCAGCACGCCUACCAAAAAGAUUGAUUUAGGCGCUGCUGCGAGCUACGGCAAGUCGGCCGCGACUCCAGCGCCCACUCCUGCGGCGUCUGCUGGCGACCAGUCGCACGACCUGUUGGACGACUUGUUCAAGACUUGCCCCGGACCAGUCGCAGCUCAGGGUGGACUUCUUGAAGAUGACUUCGACCCCAGGGCCGAAGAACCCAAACCGGCACCAACCAGCUCCACCGAGUUUGGAGACUUCACUAACGCCUUUGGAGCCCCCGAGCCUGUCUCCAACGAUGGCUUCGCUGAUUUCACCAGCGCCUUCACUGGAGCCCCGACCAACUUUGGGGCACCCGCUGCCUUUGGGGCUCCGGCUAGCAAUAACUUUAUUGCUCCGGCCAGUAAUAACUUUGUUGCUCCGGCUAGUAAUAACUUUGUUGCUCCCGCUAGCAAUAACUUUGUUGCUCCGGCUAGCAAUAACUUUGUUACUUUGGCUAGUAAUAACUUUGGAGCUUCGGCAAUGAGCAACAGUUUUGUGGCAAAUGUUACUACACCAGUUAAUAAUAAUGCCGCUCCGGCGCCGGCCUCCAACGUGGACCUGCUGGGCGAGCUGGCGCCGCCCGCCCCGGCCGCCGCCCCCGCCCCCGCGCCGCUCGCCGACGUGACGCUGCAGCCCACGCACGCGGGUAUCCAACCAACGCCCGUCGACUUCCUGCAACCAACGGUAACCAACCAAACCAACCAGGUUACCAAACCCGCAACCAAGCUCGGGGCAACCUGGGCCGAUACCACCGGCGCCAUCAACCUAGAUUUAGACAACCUGCUAGCCCCUAGGUCGCCUAAAGCGGGCCCUGCACCUACUAUAAAUCAGUUAAAGUCUAGCCCAAAUAGCCCCGCUAAACAACCGAAUAUGAUGCCAAUGUCAUUCCAAUACCAGCAGCCAAUGAACAUGAACUUGAACAAUAAUUUUGCUCCCAAUAGGGCACAGUUUAAUCAGAACCUUUUACAAUGAUAUUGGAUAAUGGCUGAUCCAUGCCAGAAUGGUUAGGUUGAGGUUUUUGAGCAAUGGAGUUGUUUGUUUGGGAAAAAUAUGCUCAAUUUUGUGCUUUUUUAACCUACUUAAUUUAAUAGUAUUUUUUAUCGUCAUUUUCAUUCCCAAACUAUUUAAUUAUAUAGUAAUUAUUUUUACUAUGAAAAGGGAAAGAACGGUUUUUCCUUUAAGGACUUGUCUAGUUUUUUCAUUGCUCUAAAAUCUAAAUGAUUUAAUAUUAGAAAUAGAAGACCUUUACUACGGGUUUGAUAUUAAUAAUGUAACAAAAGUACGCAGGGUCGACCGAGAAAUGCUCAAGAAACCAAUCACACUUUUUAUUAUAACUGAGAUUUUUGAACAGUACAUAAACGAAGGAACCUAUUCAAAAAAUUACCUAAAUCAUCCCUUUUGCUUGCAUCUCAAAGGGACGGCCCUGCAUGGCUUCUAAAUUUCACAUCACAAGUGAGUUGCAUCAAUAAGUUUCUUUACACAUAAGCCACGACACCUAUAACCACAUAGGUACUUGAAAAAUAUUUACGUUUUACCUAACUCCCAUGGGAAAAAUUGUCUGCAAAAACCCACCCUGGAAUUUUGACUAAAUUGAAUGGCUAUCGAACUGAUACGAUAUCGCGUCGGUGGGAAUCAAGGGGUUAAUGUAAUAAUGUACCGUUUUCAAACAAUUUGAUCAAUUGAUCAUUCAGUUGUCGGUCAAAUCUGAAAGUAGAUACUUUUCCAACUACCCUUUUAGACAAGAAGGCCAUUUCGAACGUACACUGACAUGAAAUACUUACUAAUGUUAUCUAAUUAUCACGCAUUUCGCUUGUACAUGUUGUCCAUACAUGUAUUGGUGCAGGCGAGACGCAGUGUGCGUUCGAAUUAGCCUGCAUAUAUCCAACUGAUUGAAAUGAUUGGCGACGCUUCCGCGACAAAAAUAUGCGCGAAAAAAGGUGCAUCGUUAUUAUUAAAGUAGUAUUGUAUAUAGUUCGACAGUGGUGCAUAUCAGCUUAUAUCAGAGGAUAUUAUGUAUGCAUGUACAUAAGAUCGUAUGCGAUGUGCAAUUGGACCUUAAACUUUCUUUUUUUGGUUAUGAAAUGUAUAUGUAAAUUAGUGCUCUUUAGUCCGAUUUGACGAAACUGGGAACUUUUCUAAAGGAGCCCACUGAUUACCAGUUCGCCGGACGAUAUCGACCUGUCAGUUAAUCGCGAUUGUCAGCUUCUGCGAAUAACUGACAGGCCGAUAUCGUCCGGCGAACUGGUAAUCAGUGGGCGCCUUAAGAUUAGUGAAAUAGGUAUGUAUUAGUCAAAAACGACAUAUUUUCUAUAUGUAUAGUAAAAUGUGUAAUUGUUUGAUUGAGCCAAAUUUACAAUAGAUUGGAAAUUAUUAGAAAAUGAUCAUCAAUUAGUUAUUAAAGUUGACUUUAGUGUAAAAAAUGUCUGUAUAAAUGCUACAAACGCUAUAUAUAUACGCUGUACUGUACAUUCCUUGUAAUUUCCUUAAUACUAAAAAUUACUUUUUGAACCUGAUGUGUCUUGAUAAUUAUUUAAUCGGUUUUAAGUCGUUUUCAUGAUAGAAAUAGGGACAAAAAGGUGGCACUAUGUAGAUACCGCCUAAACUGCUCUCAACGUGCUAAAUAUCACAAUUGAUCGAAAGCUUGCAAAGGUGAUUCUUGUAUUUCGAUGCAUGUUAGUCUAAUAAUAGCGUAUACUGCCAUAUUACACGAUAUAAUUACAAGAUAAAUCAUAUGUCUAUACUCAUGCAGAAAUGAACAUUUUUACAUCAAACAAACACAGAACGUAUUUCUAAGUGGGAACGUUUCUUGAAACAUGAUUUUAGAAUAGUUUCACGUUUGAUAUACCCAAUGACCGAAAAAGAAAUAGGUCUCAAUAUUUUAUUUCGAUUGAAUUUUGAUGAGCACUUUUUGUUGCGUCAUUUUGAUACUAAAUGUGUGAUUCGAUCCAUUUUUAUCACCACCGCCAUGUCUUAAUACUAAAUGGAAUUAUGGAAACCUAGACCGUCAUUAAGGGCCCCAGCGGACCAGUUCGCCGGACGAUAUCGGCGAGCGAACGACAAUACCGAUAUCGGAUCGCGAUUGUCAGCGUUUUCGAGUAACUGACAGGCCGAUAUCGUCCGGCGAACUAGUAAUCUUAUAGGCAAAUUAAAUAUACAAUAUGGGCAUAAUCGGAAAGCUCAAUAUAAAAAACGUAAACGUUGAGAUUUUGAUUUUACGAAAUAUAAUAACCGUUUUUAUGAUGUAGCGAAGUUAAUGUUUUAGAUGGUUAACUUUUGAAUGUUAUUAGUACCAAUAGGUUCCCAAAUUAUCAUUGGCUGGUUUUAGCUUAUAUAUACUACUAAUGAGAAUAGGUUUACUUCAUAUUUCUUCAAUCAGUUUGGACAUUUGCGUUUUCUUGAGAUCGCUCAAUAAAAUAUUAAAAUAUAAUAAUAAUUGCAUGGAUUCAGAAAGAUUUAAAGUAAAAACAAAUUCGCAUUCGCCCUAAACUAAAAGAGGUACUGUCGUUGCUUAUCGACCCAGAAAUUUAAGUCAAGCAGCGUUUUCAGUCAGUUUUCUGAGCAAACAUUGUUUUGACCUAAUGUUUGCUCUUCCCUUUUUCUAUUGGAGCGAAUGUUUCCAUUUACCGAACGAACGCUCUCACUCAGAACAGUAAGUGCAAACGCGGCUUCAGACGACAAGUUCAUGGGUCAAACGACUUAUUUAAUAUUAUGGUAAAGUACGGUAAUGUGCAAUAUUAUAAUGGCUCAGUUUUACUCCAAAUUCUGGUAAGUUUUGCUAAAUCCGGUAUGAAGUUGAAAUAUAAAAUUAGUACCUUUAAAGCAGGUUGUAGCUUCGACUAGUUGUUUGGUGUUACGAUAGAAUAUUUUUAUACCAGCUUCUGAUAAUAAUCUUAGUAGUGUCAAAACAUAGAGGUAAGUAAAAUAAGUGUUGUCGUUGGGUCUUUUUCGUGGUAUAAAUAAAUCUAGGCUUAUAACUUUUGGGGCUAAAAAAGGUCUUAAAUGUUGUGUCUAGAAUACCCUAAGCCUUGUUGAGUGCACUCCAAGAUUCAGUCCUAAUUUAAGUCUAAACUUAUUUGUUCCAAUGAAUACAGUACCUUUUUAUCGUGUUAAGGCAUUGUAUAUUAUAAAAUGGUAAAAGAAUGGUGUGAAAUGUAUACUAUAUGUACUUAUUUAGGUAGAUUGUGUUUACAAUGUUUAUCGAAAUGUAUUAUUUGGCCAUUCAACACUUUACAAAUGUUUUCUGUGUAAUUUGUUAAGGUGGCUUUAAAUCGUUUAAUUUCUUAUUUAUGAGAUUUUAAAUAUGUAUGUAAAAAAUUCCACUUGUCUACACAAUUCGGUAAAUUUUGCAUUUAAUUUCAUUCCAAAUGUAGUAUUUUUGGUAGAACUGAGUUGUGUAUUAGGCAGCUAUAAUAUUGUAAUAGUCCCAAUUAUGUUUUGUGUUUAACAAGAUAAAAUAUUUAGCUACUUUUAUUUUGUAGGAGUGGAAAUAACAAGUUAGGUUUACAAACACAUUUCAACAUUCUAAAAUGUUUUUGACGGUUAACCUUUUGACGCCACAGUCGGUUUUAGCCGUCAUCGGAAAGUCUUGCCAAGGACGCCAACGACGGCCGCAGCCGACAGCUUCGCCAAUGCAAUAUGGACUUGGACUCCAUAAAGUUCAAUUUCGCUUAAAGAAUCGCGAUCACUUGGCGUCUUUCGUCGUCAGGCGUACAAGUCUCGGUCAAAACUGUUUUUAAAUGCUUAGACUCAAGCGCUUCACACAUCUUACUUUAUUCAGAAUCCUAAAUUGUAAAGGUACUUAUAGUAUAUUGUGCAACGAGGGGGGUAAGUUAUAAUAUUCUUACCCCCGGAGUUACACACAAUAUUUUUCACCACUGUUGCGAAGAAAACUAAAUCUUAAGCAUUAUAAUUGACAUGUUAGGCAUCGAAGGCACAGACCUAUCCGGCAUUCAGCCACGAUUGAAAAUUCUGUUAAAAUAUUUUAAACCGCUAUUAAACUAAUAAAAUUAAAUAUUUUUUAACAUAAACAAUAAAAAUAAAUUAUAUUAUUAACUUAAAAGUAAAAACCAGAAGAACUGAAACUUAAAUUUUAAAAGUAAAACUUUAUAUCUACUUGGUUCGUAUGAAUUGGUAACAAUUUUUUUUUAAACUUACCUUUUUUGUCACAAUUUAUAACUCCCGCGGGAUUCAGGGGCAUGUAUUCCUUUAUCCUUAAAUAUACCUGCAUGAAAUAAGAUCUUUUUCGAGCAAGUGUGAUGAAUACCACUGAAUUAAGCAAGGUGUGCGAUGCGCUUGAAUGCAUAAAUCUUUUCCAACGUUAUUUUUUUCUUGUUAUUAUUUAGGUACGACAUAUUUCCUAUAUAUGUAACUGGACUAGUUAGUUCUGCAGUCCACACCGCCGUAGAAAGAGCGAGGGCCGCAUAAAAAAACGCCAUUGGGACCAAUGCUCAAAAUUGCUAAUUAAAAUAUAUUUUCCUGGAAAGUAGUUAUCUUCGCUCUUACUUCGGCGGUUAUGAUUAUGACCCCCAAUCAAAUAAAAUUGCCUCACGAUCCUGGUAACCAAUGUAAACUAAAAUCCUCAAAACAAUCCCCGAAUAUGUAGUCCAUAUGGAUAUUAAUGCAAAAAAAGUAACUCGGUUCUGCAGCCAAGGUAUUAAAUAUCGACACGGACAAAGUGCCAGAAAUAUGUAUACACGACCUUAUUGCCUAUACUUUAAGGCAGUGUAUACAUAUUUUAGCACAUUCUGUGUAUAUAUUUAAUACCUUGACUGUACAACAUUUUGUGUCUGGAAUAUUAUCAUUGGCCGGAACACUGAGUAUGUGAUUUUUUGUUGCGUUUUUAAUAUCCAUGUCGAGUAGAUUUUUUUAUACAUGUUUUGUGGUUAUAUGACGUGCUUUCGUAAUUCCUGGUGCGUACUUCGUUUUUAGAAUUAUUUUUCAUCUACUACUUAUAUAAAAGUUUACUUUAAUCAUUCAAUUGACACCAAUUUGGUGUGAUUUUUCAAAUGCCAGAUAAAGUAUUGUUAAAUUAAAUACAUUUCACGAAAGCGUGGUGAAUGUGGUGGUGGCCGAGUGGAUAUGACGUCCGUCUUUCAAUCCGGAGGUCGCGGGUUCAAACCCAGGCUCGUACCAAUGAGUUUUUCGGAACUUAUGUACGAAAUAUCAUUUGAUAUUUACCACUAGCUUUUCGGUGAAGGAAAACAUCGUGAGGAAACCUGCAUACAUCUGCGAAAAAAUUCAAAGGUGUAUGUGAAGUCCCCAAUCCGCAUUGGGCUAUCGUGGGGACUAUAGCCCGACCCCUCUCGCACAUCAGAGGAGGCCUGUGCCCAGCAGUGGGACGUGUAUAGGCUGAAUUAUAUAUAAAAAUUAUUAUCACGAAAGCGAUUGAAUUUGCUAAAAUUGUAAAAUAUGCUGAUGAAAUAUUCAUAGCCAGACUAAGCUCACUCGGCACCGUGUAUGACAGCACAGAGUAUGUUAUUUUAAAUGUCAUAAUUUCAUAGAAGACGUUCAUGAUAAUACUUACACUCUGUGUUAUCAAACACGGUGCAGUUAGGUUAGCUUGAUUCUCUAUUAGAUACAUUUAUCUAUGGAUUGAAAAAUAAACCCUUAGAGAUUUGAAUUUAUUUUAAAUAUCAUGUAGAGUGUAUAUAAUUUCUAUUAAUUUUGAUAGCUCUUCCCCUUAUUUUAAAUGAAUGGAUAUUUAAAAGCAAUAAUUACGAUUAAAAUUUAUUUCUAGUUGAUUAUUAUAAUAUUUUAUUUUUAGUUUAGUUUUCAAUGUUAUGCAGUUACUUUCACACGCUUAAUGAUAUAGUUUUCUAAAUAAGAGCUGGGAAAUAAAUGUUGAACUCAUUUUGUGACAAUUCAAAGUAAUUAUACACUUAUUGGCAAUGUGCACACAAAGACAAUUUGAAAUAGAGGUGUAUUGUCAAAGAAAACUUUGUAGCCACGUAACUUUACUGCCAUCUUUCGACACAUAAUUAAAACUUUUAGAACGCCAUUUGACUUUGAUCCUUAUUCUUUCACAGAUAUGUGUUAAAUUUGUUAAAUGUCAUAAAGUGGCGCCAUCUAAUCAAUGGCCAAAGGUAUGCAGCAUCGUUUCGAGCGUUGGCGCCAUAACCUUUAGGUAGUGCCCGGUAAGAUGUCGCCAAUUUUUGAUAUUCAACAAAUUGAACACAUAUCAGUGAAAGAAUAAGGAUCAAAGUCAAUUGGCGUUCUAGAAGUUUUAAUUGUGUCGAAAUAUGGCAGUAAAUUCACGUGGCUACAAAGUUUUCUUCAACAUUCCUCUGUUUCAAAUUCUCUUUGGCACAGAGCAUGGUGGGUAGUCAAAUCAAUCACAGCGGACGCUGUGGCUUAAAUAUAAAAUAUGCACAACAACGCCCGACCGUAUCGUGCACAUAUAUUUUUCAACCUACUUAACCCUUUGAACGCCAAGAGCCACUAAAGUGGUCGAGAACCAUUUGAACGUCAAGAGCCACUAAAGUGGUCGUGAACCCUUUGAACGCCAAGAGCCACUGAAGUGCCUACCACGCCAACGACCACUAAAGGGGUCAUGGCAGACGCUGUCAAAGCAAUUUUACUGUUGACAGAUAAGGUUUAAAUUCGUUUCUCACUAGUUGAGAUGUAGGCGUGUAUGCCAUAUUUUGAUGCGAGAGAGAAAGCGUUCAAAAGGUUAAAAACAAUUUUGAGUUAAGUCACUAUGAUUAAUGUGGCUUUUUUUUAUCACUAUAUCAUUAAGCGUGGACUGUAUUCGCACAAAUAUCAACUGUAUGUUUCCAUGGAAUGUUAAAAGUGGUUAUCAUAAAAGUAUCGAAUUUUUAGAGUAACUAUUAGCAUCACAUGUUGGUUGGACCGGUGGACGGUCGGGAUGGGCGUUUAUUGUAAAUUUGAGGACAAUUAUUAUAUUAAAUAUACAUGAAUAAAUAAUAUAAUACCCA